GCCUUGCACAACCAGAUGAUCACUGCCGUCCAGGAGAUCAGCAACCUGAUCGAGCCCGUGGCCAGUGCGGCACGGGCCGAGGCCUCACAGCUGGGGCACAAGGUGUCCCAGAUGGCUCAGUACUUUGAGCCACUCAUUAUGGCAGCUGUCGGUGCUGCCUCCAAAACGCCCAACCACCAGCAGCAGAUGAACCUCCUGGAUCAGACCAAAACACUGGCCGAGUCCGCCUUGCAGAUGCUGUACACAGCCAAGGAGGCUGGUGGGAACCCCAAGCAAGCUGCCCACACCCAGGAGGCUCUGGAAGAGGCAGUGCAGAUGAUGAAGGAAGCAGUAGAGGAUCUGACCACCACCCUGAAUGAGGCAGCCAGCGCUGCAGGUGUCGUGGGAGGCAUGGUGGACUCCAUCACCCAGGCCAUCAACCAGCUGGAUGAAGGGCCCAUGGGCGAGCCAGAGGGGACAUUUGUGGACUAUCAGACCACAAUGGUGAAGACAGCCAAGGCCAUCGCAGUGACUGUGCAGGAGAUGGUCACCAAAUCCACCACCAACCCAGACGAGCUGGGCAUACUGGCCAACCAGCUCACCAACGACUAUGGGCAGCUGGCGCAGGAGGCCAAGCCAGCUGCCCUCACCGCGGAGAAUGAGGAGAUCGGCUCCAACAUCAAACGCCGGGUGCAGGAGCUGGGUCACGGCUGUGCUGCCCUGGUCACCAAGGCUGGAGCCCUGCAGUGCAGCCCCAGUGAUGUCUACACCAAGAAGGAGCUGAUAGAGAGUGCACGCAAGGUUUCUGAGAAGGUGUCUCACGUGCUGGCAGCCCUGCAGGCUGGGAACCGUGGGACACAAGCCUGCAUCACAGCAGCCAGUGCUGUCUCUGGCAUCAUUGCUGACCUCGACACCACCAUCAUGUUUGCUACAGCAGGAACCCUCAACCGGGAGAACUCGGAGACCUUUGCUGACCACAGGGAGGGUAUCUUGAAGACAGCCAAGGCACUGGUGGAGGACACCAAGGUGCUGGUGCAGAACGCCACAGCCAGCCAGGAGAAGCUGGCUCAGGCUGCCCAGUCCUCGGUGUCCACCAUCACCCGCCUGGCAGAAGUGGUGAAACUGGGUGCCGCCAGCCUGGGAUCUGAAGACCCGGAGACUCAGGUGGUCCUGAUCAAUGCUGUGAAAGAUGUGGCCAAGGCACUUGGGGAUCUGAUAGGUGCCACCAAAGCAGCCGCUGGCAAAGCUGGGGAUGAUCCUGCUGUCUACCAGCUGAAGAACUCUGCAAAGGUGAUGGUGACAAAUGUCACAUCCUUGCUGAAGACAGUGAAGGCCGUGGAGGACGAGGCCACGAAGGGGACGCGGGCGCUAGAGGCCACAAUAGAGCACAUACGCCAAGAGCUGGCAGUCUUCUCCUCCCCAGUGCCUCCUGCCAAGGUCUCCACCCCAGAGGACUUCAUUCGUAUGACGAAAGGCAUCACAAUGGCCACGGCCAAAGCGGUGGCCGCUGGGAACUCGUGUCGGCAGGAGGAUGUCAUCGCCACGGCCAACCUGAGCCGCCGCGCCAUCGCGGAUAUGCUGCGUGCCUGCAAGGAAGCUGCCUACCACCCAGAAGUGAGCGGGGAUGUGCGGCAGCGGGCGCUGCGCUUUGGCAAAGAGUGUGCUGAUGGCUAUCUGGAGCUGCUGGAGCACGUCCUGGUGAUCCUGCAGAAGCCGACUCACGAGCUGAAGCAGCAGCUCGCAGGUUACUCCAAGCGUGUGGCCAGCUCUGUCACUGAGCUCAUCCAGGCAGCUGAGGCCAUGAAAGGGACGGAGUGGGUUGACCCAGAAGACCCCACCGUCAUUGCUGAGAACGAGCUGCUGGGGGCAGCAGCUGCCAUUGAGGCUGCAGCCAAGAAGCUGGAGCAGCUGAAACCAAGAGCCAAGCCCAAGCAAGCAGACGAGAGCCUGAACUUUGAGGAGCAGAUCCUGGAAGCUGCCAAAUCCAUUGCUGCGGCCACGAGCGCCCUGGUGAAGGCGGCUUCAGCAGCCCAGCGAGAGUUAGUGGCCCAAGGAAAGGUGGGCCCACCCCCCGCCAAUGCAGUGGAUGAUGGACAGUGGUCCCAGGGACUCAUUUCAGCCGCACGCAUGGUGGCUGCUGCCACCAACAACCUGUGUGAAGCUGCCAACGCAGCCGUGCAGGGCCACGCCAGCGAGGAGAAGCUCAUCUCAUCCGCCAAGCAGGUGGCUGCCUCCACAGCACAGCUCCUGGUGGCCUGUAAGGUGAAGGCUGACCACGACUCGGAGGCCAUGAAGCGGCUCCAGGCUGCCGGUAAUGCAGUAAAGAGAGCUUCGGACAAUCUGGUGAAGGCAGCGCAGAAGGCAGCUGCCUUCCAGGACCAUGACGAAACGGUGGUGGUGAAGGAGAAGAUGGUCGGGGGAAUUGCGCAG